AAGUGAUGGACCCAAACCAAGCACACUCAACAAUCAGCCUCUAAAAAACAACUCUUGUUCAGUUUUUUGACACCCACGAUUUCUGGUACGAUGAGCUGAACUCGACAGCGUCUCAUCACUGAGGAAGACUUCGAGGAAGAAGACGUUUGCUGGUGAACUAUGGAGAUGACCUCCUGCGCAAAGAGCAUCAACAUGUCCAUGUGUGCUUUCACGAGCAUCUACAAGUGCUAUCACUGCAAAGAAGUCCUCUGUUGGCAUUAUAACUACACCGGCAAACGGUAUGGCGGAGAUAGACUGAAACCAGAAUCCAUCGCCGGUCUGUUCAUCUGCUUCCUCAUCAUCGUGCAGAACUUGAUCGUCCUCAUGGCCAUCCGGAAGAACAAGAAGUUCCACAUGCCCAUGUACUACCUGCUGGGGAACCUGACGCUGUCGGACCUGCUGGCCGGAUUCGCCUACAUGCUGAACAUCAUGCUGUCGGGUCCGAACACGCCGAACCUGACGCCGCUGCAGUGGUUUGUGAGGGAGGGUGGUGUCUUCAUCACGCUCUCGGCGUCCAUCGUCAGUCUGCUGGCCAUCGCCAUCGAGCGCUACUUCACCAUGCGCAACACCAAGCCCUACCCACGCGCCAAACGCAACCGCAUGUUCGCUCUGAUCGCCGCCAGCUGGGCUCUGUCGCUGUUGCUAGGUGCUCUGCCUAUUAUGGGCUGGAACUGUCUGCAUAAUCUAGAGUGGUGCUCCACCGUCCUGCCGCUCUACGCCAAGAGCUACAUCUUCUUCUGCGUGUUUGUGUUCCUGUCCAUCCUGCUGGCCAUCGUCCUUCUGUACGGACGCAUCUUUCACUUCGUCAAGUCCAACACGCAGAACCCGACCUGCGUUCAGCGCAAACCCUACGGCCAUCGCUCGCUGAAGUACAUGGCGCUGCUGAAGACCGUCACCAUCGUGGUGGGAGUGUUCAUCCUGUGCUGGAUGCCGCUGUUCGUGCUCCUGCUGAUGGACUUCAUGUGUCCCGUGAAGGAGUGUCCUGUUCUCUUCAAGGCUGAUUACUUCCUCGGCAUGGCCAUGUUUAAUUCUCUCAUUAACCCCAUCAUUUACACGCUGACGAGCAGAGACAUACGGAGGGCUAUUCUGAAGCUGCUCUGCCGCAGAUGCUUGAUGACCAAAGACGGCCACGUGAGGAACAUCGGCAUCCGCAUCAGCUUCACCAAGACAGACGUGACCCGCCAGGGACUGGAGACGACCAUCUCAUCCGGGAACGGCAUCACCUUACCUGUCAAAUCCAUCUACCCCAAACUCAAGCUGUCCGUCAUCGCGUAAGCGCUCAACAGGGGGACACUGAAACCCCGAGCACAUUUCAGGCUCUGGACUGAACCUAAUUAAAGGCUCGUCCCAGUCACAAACCCUCACA